AUGACUACUGCAUCUGUCGCCGGGGGAUACUGGACCUUCGAAAAUUAUGGCCCCAUAACGACAACAUUCACCCCUGCGCCCAGUUGUACCGCGACGGAUAGACUCGCCCUCGCCAUGAUUGAUCAUGAUAUGACCCAGGUUCAAUUCCAAGUCGCCUGUCCUACAUCAUCAAGUGACUGGGACUGUAUGCCACCUGGAACGACCACGUCGGCAACUUGGUACGAUGAGAAAAAAUGGGUCGCUUCUGCUGGAUACUACUCGCCAGGAGUGUAUUGUCCUUCCGGCUGGGAGACGAUUGGUAUGGCUGCGCGUAAUGAUAAGUCGCUGAGUACUUCGGGGUUUUUGGCUACGUCUGAGGAUAAAAUACCGUAUUAUGAGGAGCCUGCGACACUUUUGGCGAGUCUAUUGAAGCCGAGUCAGACCAUGGCCCUUUGUUGUCCCAGUUCGAUGACACCAAAUGGUCUCGGGCAGUGUAUCGCUCAAGUCCCAACCUACACGCCCAGUGUCGGCUGUGAGGUCUACGUGGAUAGUGACUACAGCUGGGAGAAGGUCACCAGAACACAUGUACAUUCCGGUAUCACGAAGACAAACACCUACGACGUCAACUCAUUUGUGAGCGCUACUACGUCGACUUCGUCUACAUCUUUCCCCCAUAGAAUCGAGCGUGUGUUAACGGCUAUUUCUUUUGUCCCCGUGGUUACCAUGGUGCAUCAUCGGUCUGAUCUGGAGGCAGCUGGGUUUACGGGUGGGUCUAACAGUACCAGAUAUAACUAUACUGGGACUCAGACUGGAUCUGGUACUGCUAGCCCUGAGACUACAGAGAAUGAUUCUCCUACGUCUAAUACUGCGUAUAAACUCCGUAGCAGGGCGUCAACUUGGGAUGGAUUUGGUGCGAUUAUUGGGGGCUCAGCUGCUGCAAUGGCGCUGGGAGUGGCUCUGCUUAUCUUAUAA